CGAAGUUUAUAUUAAAACAUUAAAAAAAACGAGUUUCAAAUACAGCCACACAGCAACCUAAAUCUACCUAUACGAACAACUCAACCCACAACCAAACCGACACAAUGCAAUUCUGGCAAUCUCUCCCGAUCGCGACGCUAUUUGCCGUCGCCGCCGCCGCGAACACCGUUAACAUGGUUUCGCAAGACAGCACAAACCGCCAAGUCAUCUUCACACCUCAAGAGGGCUCGCCCGAAAUCCCAUCCAUGGACCUCCCCGGUGGAGCUUCCAAAGAGGCCACCUUCCCCGACGGAUGGGUAGGCAACUGGUACACCGUCUCGGAGGGCAAGGAGAACAAGCCCGGCAUGCUCGGUGAAGUGAGAUGGGACGGUUUCAGCGGCUCGAACUACUUCGAUGUCAGCGCCAUCGUCAACCCGGAUGACCACGACGGAGUGAAGAUGCUGUACCCGAAGAACAGCAAGACCCCGAUGAGCGGGUGUCAAACCUUCCCUUGCAGCAACGCAUACAACCUCCCAGACGACAUCCAGACGCUGUCCACACCGGAGACCGAGCUCGAGUGUCUGAUCGGGACCAAGGCCGGCGCCAAGCGCAGGCACGCGAGGCAUAUGCUUUACGUCUAAAGCAUCCUCGUGCAUCUAGUCAAAUCUCGUGAUUGAGAGAACGACAAAAAGUUUGAAUUUUGGCCGGCGUUGUUUUUACUGAAAAAGGACUCGAGCCGCAGCUGGAUUGCGGCUUUGAACGACUGGGAUUUAAAUGAAAAUUGGGACGGAUUAGAAGGUGGCGGAGUUGGGAAUACAGGAAGCGGACGCGCUGCUGUAUGGCCGGAAAAUCAUAUCUAGAUUGGAUUGAUAGUUGAAAUUGAUUCAUUAAAUUGA